ACCUCUUUUUUUUCUCGUUAAUUUUCGUGCAGCUCCAUGCUUCGUUACCAUCGAGGCCUUUUUCUCAUUGUCUCACUGGAGAAACAAAUCGCCAAUCGUCAGACAAGUGGAGCAUGAACCGGUUGGAUCGUGUGGGAAUUUUGAGCAAACUUUGUUGUUGCUUUCAAGGCUCAACUUUGCAACCUCGACUCUGGCUGCAAAAUCUGGAUGUAGUCUCAGUGCUCAAAAUGGCGGCCUCUCAGCUUGUUCUCACAGAUGGAAAGCUGACACUCAACGUAAGGUGGCUGUUUCAAAAGGCUCGCAUCACCCUCGUAACAGGCGAAGAGACCACAGCAACCAACGCGAAGCUUGCCAAAAAGGCGUCCUUGGAAAAUUUCUCCCGCUGUGUCUUGCACGAAAGAGUUAAACGAUCGGACGGUAGCUGGGGCCGAUCCCGGUCCUGCGCUGUGAUUGGCGCAACCUCGCGUCCGGGAAAUUCAAUGGUUAAGCCUUUGGUCCUGCGCUGUGAUUGGCUCAACGUCGGAGCGGGAAAUUCGACGGUUAAGAUUGCCCAUCCCGGUCCUGUGCUGUGAUUGGCUGAGAGUUGAUCCGGGUCCUGCGCUGUGAUUGGCGCAACGUCGCGUCGGCUUAAAGUUGAGCGGGAAAUUCAGCGGCUAAGAUUGCCCAUCCUCGUCCUGCGCUGUGAUUGGCGUUGGCUUGAGGGAAAUUUAACGGCUAAGAUUGCCAUCCUAGUCUUGCGCUCUGAUUUGCGGAGCAAACUUAUAAAUACAUUUGGUUGAAUCCGUGCUCCUUUGCUUUCAUUCUGUCAUGGAAAACUUUGCUAGGGUUUUAGAAAGAGAGGAAAGAAUGAUAGGCAUCUCUUUUAGUCCGUACCUGUCGGAAGAUGUCCAAAUCCAAGCAGUGGGGGAAGGUCGCGGUAUCUGUGCGAUCUGCGAUAUAGAUCCAGGGACUCUAGUACUGCUCGAGAGUGCUCUUCUCUCCGCAAAAGAAAUAGGAAAAGACAGUCCUAUCCACGUUCUUCAAUGCUUGGGGGAUGUGAGUCAACUUCAUGACGGUACCACCCGUGCAUACUCUACUCCUCCGGAUUUCUCAGCUGCAAUCGCGGAUAUCGAUCCGGAACAUGCUAAACGCGUGUGGGACACGAAUGUAUUUGUGAAUGCAGCGUCACAAACCCAUGUCCUCGGGCGGUACACAUCUCUCAUCAAUCAUUCCUGCAGCCCUAACGCCUACGUGGCCUACCUAGCGAACUCCACCGUCCUUUGCGUGAGGACGACGAAGCCUGUUUCCGCUGGAGACGAAAUCUCAAUUGCAUAUAUCAACGUGCUCGCGCCAGCGUUCCAGCGCCACCAGGAGCUCCGACCAUUUGGAAUCAAAAGCUGCUACUGUUCUCGAUGCAAGGAGGAAGACACGCUUCCCACAACUAUCACUAAUCUCUUGGAGUCCCACGCUUCUUCUUUUGAAAAGAAAGAGGAGAGAACACCCGAAGAUACCGAUCGGAAGUUCGAAGCGCUUACUGCGAUUGUGAAUGCCGCCGAAAAAGAAGGGCUUAGAGGUGUGGUGUAUCCUAUGCUCGGGAUCUUGGCCCUAGAAUUGGGCCUGUGGGAGUUCUACCUCGAAGUAGCGGACAAGAUUUGCCCUUGCGAUGAAACAGCCGCGAUUGUGCGAGCUCGCAUGCGCGAAUCACAGGGUUGACGCUGCUCUGUUGCUUGUGGAAUAAAAAAAAUAAAGUUCUUUGUUCUUUCGUU